GGAGCCGGCUCGGGCCAAGCACGUGCCGAGUGCGACUGUGACACGCCGGCCGGCAGCGUGGGGAAUGACAGCGAGUUUCCUAUUCGACUAGCGACGUUUGACCGUGCAGCGAGUGCCCUGUUUGACUGUCUUCAACGACAGCCCCGUUUGACUGUGCAUAGCGAGUGUCCGGCUGUCUUCAACGACAGCACCGUUUGACUGGACAGCGUGUGCCCCAUUCGACUGUCUUCAACGACAGCCCCGUUUGACCGUGCAGCGAGUAUCGGCUGUCGUCAACGACAGUACCGUUUGACUGGACAGCGUGUGCCCCAUUCGACUGUCUUCAUCGAAGUCCCUGUUUGACCGUGCAGCGAGUGCCCCAUUCGACUAUCCUCCGCGACAGCGGGACAGCUGAGCUGUCGUUCGCGUCGUCUGCUGUGUUGUGUAAACAAGUCGUCUUGGAUGUGCCCUGGGAGAGAUGAGAUGACAUCUGGUCCACCGUCUUGCAAGAUAAGGCGGGCAGAACCACAUAAACGGUGGUGAUGGCCGUGGGCGAGCACACCAAGAUGAUGCCGCGGUCCCCAGGGGGGCACCCAGGCGGCCCCGGCCCGCGCAAGCCGGUGGACACCGCGUGCUGCGGGGCCUCCUUCCUGGCCGAGUUCUUCCACAUGUUCAACCUCGUCUUCCUGCUGGGCGGGCUGGCCGUGCUGGGCGUGGGCGCGUGGACCAUCUCGGACCACCUGGCGUACUCGGCGCUGCUGUCCACCGUGACGUACUCGCUGUGCGCCUGGGUGCUGGCGCUGGCCGGGGUGCUGGUGGUGGCCACGGCCGUGCUGGGCUGCGUCGGCGUCUGGCGGAGGAACCGCUGCCUGCUGCUCGGGUACACGUUCCUGCUGCUGCUCAUCUUCCUGCUGGAGGCCAUGGUGGGCGUGCUGGCCUACGUGUACAAGGAGAACGUGGAGACGGAGCUCGCCGUCAACCUCAACAAGACCUUCAUGAACUUCUACGGCGUGGAUCCCGCCAGGACCGCGGCCAUCGACCGCAUGCAGCGCGAGUACAAGUGCUGCGGCGCGCAGACGUACGAGGAGUGGCGGCGGUCCGUGUGGAUGCAGAGCGCGGGCCGCGACGAGCGCUCCAAGGUGCCGGACAGCUGCUGCAAGACGGAGGCCUCGGCCAGCGGCGCGCCGUGCGGCGCCUCGGACCACCCCAGCAACAUCCCGCACACCGGCUGCUUCCACCGCCUGCUGGAGGAGCUGCGGCGCCAGCUCGAGGUGCUCGGCGCCGUGGGCCUCGGGCUCAGCGUCAUCCAGGUGUUCGGCAUGCUGCUGUCGUGCGCGCUCUACAUCAAGCUGCGCGUGUUCGGCGCGGACGUCGCCGACUGAUGGCGGGUGGCGGGGGGCGACAUGCUGCUCACAGCGCGCCCGCCUGCCACGCCCGCCCUCAGCGCCCUGGUGCCGUCGUCCUCCGAGUCGGACACCACCGAGUCCACCAGCACCAU